UUACAUUGAAUAUAAACCAAAUAGUUGUCAAUCGGACAGAGAAAAACCCAGUCUAAAAUGUUGGCCUUAAUGUACUACAAAUUGCUAGUAAUUCUUGCAUUUGCCUGCUUCGCAUCUGCGGUAUUGGUUCUAAAGCGUGUAGAACCAUGGGACGAGAAUUCCAUGCAGCCCUAUUUAACCAAUUUUCCAGGCCGUCUAGAGAAAUAUAGUUAUGAUGAGGAUGCGGACGAAGAUGAAGAUGAGCUGAGUGAAACCGCGAUGAAAAUUCUCACUGGUUAACUGCCGUACCCCUAAAAAUAUGAUAUGUUUAAAUACACAUAUUAUAAAAAAAGUUAUAUAAAGCGUGUUAAAAAAUUUGUGUUAUUUAUUGAAAAAAAAAAUCAAUAUUGUGAAUAUUGGCAAAGACAUUAUCCUUAUGCUCCACAUAGUCAUAGACAGAUCUAAGUACCAAACUGACCUUGACUUCAAUUUCAUGCAAAUAUUUAACGCGGUUAAUUGUUAGGUGUAAUUAAAUUAGCUUCGGUAUUAUAUUAAACUAAACAUAACCCAAAUAGUCGUACGAUUUGUUAGAGAGACAAGUAGUUUGAAAUGUCGAUCGCAUUUGAGUACAAACUCCCAUAUAAACAUUGGAUGAAAUAGGAUGCUAUAUUCGAACCCCUGUAGUUAAGAGCAACAAAAAUACAUACAUGCAAGGGUAUACAAACUUCAGUGUGGCAAAAGUUAACAUCGCUUUGCACUUUUCGUUUUUCUAUGCAUUUGCAAUUGAUUAUCAUCAGCGCAAAAGUGUUUCACCGUGUGAAUUUCCAAAUUUUCCUUCUUUUUCUUUUCAAGUUUAAAUAAUAAAUUAAGAAUGCCUGUUACAAGGAGCCAAACAGCCAAGCUCGCGUCUGAACAGCGCCAAGAAACCCCUAAUGUUGACCCCAAUGUUGUCGCCAAUGUUGACGCCAACGUUGUUGCAGUCAACAACGACCUGGAGAAGGAAGUUGAAGAUCUUCGGGUGAAGAUGAGAAAUAUGGUUGCAGUCAACAACGACCUGGUGAAGGAAAAUGAAGAUCUUCGGGUGAAGUUGAGUAAUGUUGUGGCGGACAUAACACAGUUGCGGGAAAAGGUUGACUCCAUUGCCGCGGAUCAGGGCGCCAUAAAAGAGGUCUUGACCGAGGUUGCAGUCCAAAGACAGGCGCCCGAAACACCUUUUCCCCUAAAAUCUCCUGCGGAGAUGCGGCAUUUGGAGUCAACCAUUACUCCAGAUAACCAAAGAUCCCAUGUCACUGAAAUGUCUGUUAUUUUGGGUCAAGCCCAUCUAAGAAGGUCCAUAAGAAAGGUGUUCUCCGAUGAGAUGAUUGAUGCGCACAAUAUGGACGGAACACGUGGCAAGUCCAGGUUGCGAAAUUACCCAAAAAUUAUGGAAUGUUUACUGGAAGCGAUCCAGUUAAACAGUAAUGGCGGGCGGGCAAUAGAUGAACUGCGAGGUGCUUGGAAUUCAAGCCAAGAAUGCUAUUAUACAGACGCGGAAUAGGCAUAGAAGCUAAAUAAAUAUUAA